UAUAAUACUAUUCCUGAUAUAGGGGUGGGUAUCAUUAGACUGCAAGAUUUGGAGUAGGGAUUUUAGUUUACCAGGGGCUUGAAAUUAGUUAAGAAGCGUCUUACUGACAUGAAUGGGUUCUGAUUUUUCCAUCUGCUGCAUGUCAUGUCAUGCAAUCCCUGCUCCCCCUUAUCAGUGACAGGGUUUUUUACCCCUUAUUCAUCAAUAUUUUCUGCCAAUACUCUUGAUUUCUCACAAGGCUCCCCAUUGCCUCUGUAUGUAUGGAAUGACCCUUCCAUGAAACCUGGAAAAGUCAGUGAUAACCUUUAGCACUUUCUGUUCUAGGAUGCUGGCAAAGGCUUUGACUGGUUUAAUUAAGUAUCCGAUGAUUUCACUUUAGUCCUUGGCCAUACUUCCACAGGUGUAUGAGUGGGGAUGCUUCCCUAAAUAUUCUUAAUGGGUGUUCUUCCAGCCCAAUAUGAGGCUGGACAAAUGCUUUUCACGGGGAAAAAAAACUCCAGAAGUAAUUUUGGCGGAAGAAAUGCUCAAAGGGACCUCUGUAAGCCAGGGCUCUCUAAACCUAAACCAGGACUCUUAAACCUGAAGUCUGUCAUUACAAAAAACAUCUGUGAAGUUACACCUUGAGUAUACUGCUUCUGUAGCAGAUUUUGUUACUUCAGGAGCUGUGCAGAGCCUUGAUACGUAAAAUUGCAUUGGGUUUGCAUGGCAGGGUUUUGGUAGCAGGGGCUACAGGGGUGGCUUCUGUGAGAAGCUGCCAGAAGCUUCCCCCAUGUCCAGCAGAGGCAAUGCCAGCCAGCUCUGAGACACACUGAGAGGGCCAAACCCAUCAGCUGCAGUUGGUAGCACCUCUGGGGUAAUGCAUUUAAGAAGGGGAAAAAGUUGCUGCACAAUGGGAACUGCGGCUGGAGAGAGGAGUUGAAAGCAUGUGAGAGGAACAUCAUGUUGGAGAAGUUCCAAGUUCUGUUGGAAUCCAUGGGACACUGAUGGGGCCAAUCAGAUACAUGAAGGACGUGAUUCUGGCAUGAGAAAAAAGCAACAGAAGAAGAGGAGGAGCUUACUGCAGAGGAAAGGAGGAAACUGGAAAGAAAAUUAAAAAAAGAGCGCAAGAAGAAGGAAAAGCAGCUGAUGAGGGAAGCUGGGAUCUCUAUCAAAAAGGUGGAGCCCAAAAAGCAGUCGGGAUCUGAGCUGGCUCUGGCCUAUUUAACCAGCUGGUCUGAAAACCCAGAAGAAUGGAAGUUUCAAAAGACAAGACAAACCUGGCUCCUCUUGCACAUGUAUGAUAAAGAGAAGGUUCCAGACAAGUAUUUCACCAUUUUACUGGAUUACCUGCAAGGGCUUCAAGGGAAUGCACGAGACUUAACUGUGCAGAAAGCUGAAGCUUUUAUGAAGGAAUUUGAUGAUCUCAAUGCAGAAGACCCAAACCUCUUGGACAAGUGCGAGCGCAUACGACAAGUUCUACAGCUGCUGUCCUGAGAGUAUUUUUAUGUCUUAACAGUUGCCUGGUGGAGAGGAGGAUAGGUUGUCAUAUAUAGAGACUAUAAGUUAGUUGUAAAGACAUAUUUUCUAAUGAGAAGCCUAAUAUUAUAUGUAUUCUAAUACUGGGUAUUCAGAUUUUGUACCCAUAAGUUUUUCCAGUUGCACAGCUUUAUCCUGUUUUGAUGUGAUAAAAUAAAAAUAACAUAUUUGGUCCAUAGACGUGUUAUUUAAAUAAUCUUAAGUGCAUAUCUUUAGAAAAAUAAACCUCUCUUUCUUGUUAGUUUUUCUCCACCUCCCCCUGUAAUUACUGUUAAAUAAGAAGAGCUUUGCAGUUCUUAAUAAGAGCGAAGGAACCAACAAAAAGCCUGGAGGGUCUUUUACAAUGGCAGCUUUUAAAAUGAGCAUACAGUACAGUGUUUGCUCAGCCAGCUGUAAUCUAUCACUUUCAGCUUUAGAAGUAUGUCAUUUGGAUUUGGGAAAGAUCAUUUUCAGUCUGUUGAACAUGGGUUGUAUAACACAGUUGCUUAUUAGUACUUCACACGGUGAUCUGGAGAUACCAUCAGCUUUGUUAGUUUUCCUUUUAUAUUUUGAAGUUUUCAAAUGCAUUAUGGCAAUUGUUUAGAUACUCAGAUAAUGCACAGAUGGGAACAGACCAAAUCCGUUGACUCUAUGUAGUGAAGUCAUCUGAUUGUACCAAAACUUACCAUAUGAUGAGAAGUGCUGUGCUGCAACAUUUUGUAGCUAGCCUGCCAAUAUUGCAUUUUCGUCCUUCUCUUUUAACUGGCAUCCAAAAGAGUUAAUUUGUGUUCAUUCACUUUGACGUGAGACAUUUGUCUCCUGUGAACAUGCUGAAAAUAUGAGGCUUUCAAGUAGACAACAAGGACAUUAAUUACUCAAAAGUUGGAUGAUUGGCUUAUUUAAUAACACUUGUAUUCAGUCAGUGUUCUUGACCUGAUUCUUUAAUGUUUCUUCAAACAUUGUUCAUACUUUAUUAAUAACAACUAUAUGAAAAGUGUAGUGUUUAAGAAGAGUGUCUGUCUUUGGGAAUUACAGCUUUAAUUUGGGUAUGUGGGGCAGGGUAGGAUCUAUGGAUAUGCGGGCCUAAUUUUUCAAUAAGAAGCAUUUGAGUGGAUUUGACAGCCUUCACAGUCAUGGAUUAAUUGCAAAUCUUCAGAAAUAUGAAAUAUAUUACUAGUAACAAAUAACUUACGCUUUCUGACUUCUUGAAGGUGAUGUUUUCAGCAAAAAAAAGACUAGGGACCAGCAUGCCCUGCUGUAACACGAUAACCAUCAUGGAGUGAGCAGAACUCAGCAGCAGUGACUAGCCUCUCUGCUGAGCUGCCAGUCCCUCAGCAUCAGCUCAGGUAGUGUUCAGUUACCACAGGACAAUGAUUGGGUUGUGGACUGCCGAGGAUGCAGGAAAGGCCUAGAGCUUUUAGAGGCCCAGAGCUGUAUAAAACUGACUUUGCAGUUUAAAAGUUGGUGAAAAGGACCAGUAAUAAAGAGAAUUGAUACUGACAUUUAGCGAA